AUACUUCCUACUUCAUUUCUAGUUAAUCAAGCGAGCUAGCAUAUGUAGUUCAUAGACUUCCGGUAUUCCAGCCAGCUAGCUAGCCAAAAGUUUUUUUUCUUCUUUUUUCCCAUUCUUUGUUUGAAUUGGUUUUCUGUGGUUCUGUAUUUUCGAAAAACCAAGUUGAUCCAAGAUGAUGGGGGAUAUGCUGAAAAGAGCAACACUGGAAACAGCAGUCUGGGCUGGAAAGCUGUUACUGCUCUGUGUAGGAAUAGUGUCCACAAUGGUAUUUCUCAAAGUGGUAAUCAUUCCCUACCUCCUUAAUCUCACUCUUUCUACUCUCCCCAACCUCUGGACCUCCAUCAGAAGCUACUGUCUAUCUCCACUUUACAUCUACAUCAUUGUCAAUUUCAUCAUCUUAAUCAUCGUUGCCUCCUCCAUAUUCCAAAAUCAAAAGCAAAACCACCCCUCAUCUGUGCGCUCCUCCUUCAGCUCCAUUAAUAACCUAAACAAUGGCAAGACCACUACCUCUGAUCAUGAAGACGACUACUGUACUGUUAUUGAUGGUACGACAGAUUACAACACCAACAAGACUCAAAGUAGUAGUCGUUCCGAAAGUACAACUAUUUCUCCUAUACCUUCUUUGCUUACUCAUCAGUUUUCAAAUGAAAUGAUCAGUUGGCAUGACAUCCACAUAGUACAACAAGCUUCCACAGAUGAAGAAUCCAUUCAUCGUACCGUGUCAGGUACUAGCUCAGUGCCCCUUGAGAGAUUCUUCAGUACUACCGAACCUUCACCGGAGGAACACUCCUUCUCGGAAGAGUCUUGCCUGACGGAGAAACCGGCCACCGAGGAGGAGGUGGAAGACAAUACAUUGGACACCACAUGGAACGCCAUUAUGGAAAGGCAAGGAAAACCGAUAUGCAAGCAUCUAAAAAAGAGUGAGACUUGGGACACGCCGCCUCGGACGUCUGGCUUGGUGAGAAGUAGUAUUAUUCCAGCCAGGGAGCUAGUUCAGGAGGGUCAGUUAGAUGAUGAUCAUCAUGAGAACAUCAGCAACAACUAUAAUAAUGCUGUUGAUGAUCGAGUGGCAUGGGCUCGGAAAGAGUUGAGGAAAUCGGACACUUUUAGCGACAGGGUAUCCAUGAUAAGGGAGAAGUCCAUGAGUCAGGACGAGUUGAAACAGAGAGCUGAGGCCUUCAUCAACAAGAUCAACAAUCAGAUGAGGCUUCAGAGGCUGGAAUCUGAUCAACGUUUCAGGGAAAUGGUUAAUCGUGGUCUUUGAUUUUAGUGACCUACUGCAAUAAUUAAUUAGUUAAUUAGCUAGCUAGUAUUUUUUAUUUAUUUAUAAAUUUAUCUGAAUUGUUCUCAGUCGUAUUAUACAUAUCUGCUUGUUUUUGUAUGCAAGUGUCAUUCAGUUAGUGAGUGUAUGUCGUACGUACUAUAAUUAUUAGCUGCAAGAAAGAAGUCAAAGAACAC